AGCUAUCCGGCGCACGAGGUCGUCGGCCUGCCGGCGCUGUCGCCGACGAUGGAAAUGGGCACCAUCGCGGCCUGGAAGGUCGACGAGGGCGGCGCCUUCGGCGCCGGCGACGUCAUCGCGGAGAUCGAGACGGAUAAGGCGACGGUGGACUUCGAGGCGCAGGACGACGGCGUGCUCGCCAAGAUCCUCGUGCAGGCGGGCACGGAGGUCGCCGUCGGCGCGCCGGUCAUGGUCGUCGUCGAG